AUGCGAUCCAAGCCAGUGACGUCAGUCUUGUGCGCCGAGAACAGAAACGUGGGGAGACGCGUGAGGCCGAACUGGGGAAACAGAAACGUGUCCCCACAGGAGCGAAGCGGCAUGGCGGCGGUCCAGGAGCCGGAGGUCCAGCUGGCUCAGCGGUUAGCCUCCAACGAGAAGCCCGUCCGGACCCGGGCCAUGAAGAAACUCAGGAAGUACAUCAGCGUCCGCUCACAGAGGGAGGCGGGGGGAUUCUCUGCUGAAGAGCUCCUCAAACUGUGGAAGGGCCUCUUCUACUGCUUGUGGAUGCAAGACAAACCUCUGCUUCAGGAGGAGUUGUCAAACCAGAUCUCCACAAUGAUCCACAGUUUCCACGAUACAGACGGGCAACUGCUGUACCUGGAGAGCUUCCUGCAGACUUUCAAAAGAGAGUGGACCGGCAUUGACCGGCUGCGAAUGGACAAAUUCUUCCAGCUGGUGCGUUUCAUGUUCAGACAAACCUUUGAGGCCCUGAAGAGGAAACACUGGGAUGACAGUGUUGUUUCCAUGUUCCUGGAGCUGCUGAUGCGUGAGCUCCUGCGGAACGGCAGCGAGGCGCCCUGCGGCCUGCAGCUGCACAUCCUGGACCUGUACCUGGGCGAGCUGGCAGCUGUGGGCUCGGCAGAGGUACAGCACCCGCAUGGCCGGAAGCCGGCCCGACCCUGCCUCUGA